AUGAAUGAAUAAUAAAAAAAAUAAUAUUUGCAAAAAUGAAUCAUAUUUUUUAUAACCUCUCGUGGCCCACCAGGGGGUCGCGGCCCACACUUUGUGAAUCACUGCUGUAGCCUCUUCCCGCGUCUUCAAACACCCGCUUCCUUCUUGGUCCUCUCCGUAGGGAACGUAUGUACGUUUGUGACAAAAGUGAUUCCCCGAAGCAGAAAAAAAAUCAUCUAAUAUUUUUUCUAAUCGAAGUACUGGAAUUAUUCAAUCACAGCGGAGUGGGCGUGACCGUUUUGGAAAUCCAAGGAUAUCCAUCUGGAAUACAUAGGUGCAGAUUGCGGAAGAUCUAGAAAGCUUUCUGUGUGUGUUAUUGUGUGUAGCUGCUCUAUAGGAGUCCACAACUCAAUAGAAAGUUGGUGCAUUUAAUGUAUGUUAAAUGAAAGGUACUGUGUAAAAUGGGGAACUUUUAGGAACUUCAGUCCUAACUCUUACUUAUGCUACCUUGACUUUGAUGUCCUGCUGCUUUGUGUUGUCGCCGCCAUUUUUGUCUCUCCUCAAAAUGUCCUGCAGCGUUGGCUGACUCGUCUUGGGCUGUGUUGCCAGGGUAAACUGGCUGUAUUGUGUCUGGUGUUUGCUUUUGAGGUGCCGUAUCAGGUUUGUCGUGUUAAAUGUAGCCUCUUCCUCUCCACUUCCUGAAAUCCCAAGUUUGUAUAUUUCACACUUUGGAAUUGCAUGGUUUUUGUCAUCCACUUUAAAAUACUCAGCAGAACACAGACGGCACUGCAGCAAAGUGAUGUCAAGCCGUAAACGUUGUUGUUUCUGCGUGGUAUGGAUUGAAGAGGUCUCACUCUGUUCCAUCGCGUGGUAACUAUAGUAAUGAGAAUAAAUCUACAUUUAAAGCAAAAAAAAAUAGUCGUAAAAAUAAAAAUUAAAGAAAUUUACAAAAAAACAAAAAAACCCAACUUAUACUAUACUAGGAAAUAAAAUAAAAAAAAAUAAAAAUUAGGAAAUUUAAAAAUUUUAAAAAAUAAAAAACAAAAAAAAAUAAAAAAAACAACUUAUACUAUAUUAGGAAAGCAGGAAGUGAACAAAUGUAACAGUUACUGAUUGUAAAAGUACCAGAUGGAGGGGUAGGAUUUAAUAAGCUUUGCUUCUUCCUACUCCUUUUGGACAUGUGGAACUGGGAACUGAUUAUGGGAUGCAUUCAAUUGUAAUCUGAUGCAUGUUCAAAUGAAAUUAAACCAUUACCAUUACCAUUAUCCUCACGAGGGUGGCGGGCAUGCAGCUGUCUUCGGGGGGUGCAUUACAAGUUUUUUGCGAGACUACCGUGUUCCAGACAGUGAGCACCGUGGUUCUCCCCACCUCCGUGGACGCCACAGCGUGUCCGACAUUCCGACAUUAAUGCACCUUUCCUGGCGAGAGCGUGCUGCUUCUGGCUCCAGCCACACUUUGGCACAUAUUUCACGUUUAUGUUCAUAAAAACAGUCCAGUGUGAAAUCUGUUGCUGGGAAUCACCAACUAUAAUAACUGAGCUUGUUUCGUAAAGUAGAGAGCAUAUCACGCUUACAGCCACGCCCAUAAGGGAACUUUGGCAUAGUUAAACACGAGAAUACGACAUAAAUUACGACAUAAACUACAUUUAUGGGUCUGAAAAGUGUGAAAAGCAUAAUCGGUCCACUUUAAUGCAAGCUGCAGUCAAGCCAAAGGAAGAAAAAUAGUGAGUGAAAACAAAUAGAAAUCAGGCAGCAGCUGGCAAGGCUGCACUGAAGGCCUGAUGAGGGAUGAGGAUCAGGUGUGUCAGGAUCACCAGACACAGGGAUGGUUGCGAGGACCGUGUCCACAGCCGCCGGUCAGGGCAGGGAAAACUGGCACAAGAGGAGAAUGAAAGGGGAAAAUGGACUGAUUCAGAACUGGGCCAUCAUGAUCCCAGUGAACCUUCUGGUCACUCAUUGGCUGAUCAGCUUAAUAGCAGCAGCAUCAUGUCGGUGAACCCCCCCAGCAGCAAUGACGCCUGCCUCAGCAUCGUCCACAGCCUCAUGUGCCAUCGGCAGGGCGGCGAAAACGAGGGCUUCGCCAAGCGGGCCAUUGAGAGCCUGGUCAAGAAACUGAAGGAGAAGAAGGACGAGCUGGACUCGCUCAUCACCGCCAUCACCACCAACGGCGUCCACCCCAGCAAGUGCGUCACCAUCCAGAGGACGCUGGAUGGACGCUUGCAGGUGGCGGGGAGGAAAGGUUUCCCUCACGUGAUUUACGCACGACUGUGGCGUUGGCCCGACCUCCACAAAAAUGAACUGAAGCACGUCAAGUUCUGCCAGUAUGCCUUUGACCUCAAGUAUGACAACGUGUGCGUAAACCCCUACCAUUACGAGAGAGUGGUGUCUCCCGGCAUUGUUGGACUUAGUCUUCACAAUACAGCGCCACCCAGUGGGCUUAUCAAAGAAGAAUACAUCCAUGACUGUAUUCAAAUGGACCUCCCACCUGGCAUGCCGCUGUCUGACCACCAAGCCACGCUGAAGAUGCCUCCCCCAGACCCUUACGGCCAGGCCCUGCCUCCUCCACAUUUGUCCUCUGAGCCCCACGGACCCCCACCAGUCACCAGAUACACACAGCUGCCUGUCUCACCUAAAGUGUCGAGUUCUGGCUCCAUGCUGCCACUCCAGGGCAGCCACAUGGACGGCCGCCCUCAGUCUGCAUCUCCGCAGAUUCAAGUCAUGUCUCAAGCGUCGCCACGUUCCCCGACUCCAAACCAACCUCUUCCUCAGCAGCAAGGUCCUCAACCCCAGCAGCCUCCCCACCCGCAACCGUCCUCUCUACCUCCUCCUCCUCCUCCAGCGCACGGACAGAAUGGAUUCAGCAGCAAUAAACACUCGCAGAGCCAGGCUGCCUUCCAUACAGUGUGGACAGGCAGCAGCACAGCCGCCUACACUCCAAUCGGACCCCUGCAGAAUGGUCGCGGCCAUCAGCAAACUCCUCUUCACCAUCCAAACCAACAUUGGUCCCAGCAUCACAGUUCCACCUCUUUCCCCCCCUCCGUAUCCAACCAUCCAGGACCAGAGUUUUGGUGCUCCAUCUCCUACUUUGAAAUGGACGUUCAGGUGGGUGAGAUGUUCAAGGUGCCCUCCAGCUGCCCUGUGGUGACGGUGGAUGGGUACGUGGACCCGUCGGGAGGCGACCGCUUCUGCCUUGGCCAGCUGAGUAACGUUCAUCGUACAGAUGCCAGUGAGAGAGCUCGGUUGCACAUCGGUAAAGGGGUACAGUUGGAGUGUCGCGGCGAAGGCGAUGUGUGGAUGCGCUGCAUGAGUGACCACGCCGUGUUUGUACAGAGCUACUAUCUCGACAGGGAGGCGGGCCGGGCGCCGGGUGAUGCCGUGCACAAGAUCUACCCUGGAGCCUACAUCAAGGUGUUUGACCUGCGGCAGUGCCACAGACAGAUGCAGCAGCAGGCAGCGACCGCUCAAGCUGCCGCUGCAGCGCAGGCGGCGGCGGUGGCAGGAAACAUACCCGGACCGGGCAGCGUUGGCGGCAUCGCACCGGCAGUCAGUCUGUCUGCGGCGGCGGGGAUCGGCGUGGACGACCUUCGGCGACUAUGCAUCUUGCGCCUCAGCUUCGUGAAGGGCUGGGGGCCCGAUUACCCGAGGCAGAGCAUCAAACACACGCCCUGCUGGGUGGAGGUCCACCUGCACCGCGCUUUGCAGCUCCUUGACGAGGUCUUGCAUACCAUGCCUUUAGCUGAUCCGGGGCCUGCUAACUGACGUCUCUGAUGCUGGCGUUUGCAUCGGGAUUCUUUGAAUGUGCGCACACACACACACACACACACACACACACAUAUAGAUAUUUUUGCUCUCUACCAAAUAUCCUCUCUAAUUGAAUUUCCAAUGAAAAGUCAAAUAGAUACUUAAUGCUUGUAACAAUCAAUUUACCCUGCACUAUUGACACACACACACACACACACACACCUUAUUAUGAGCAAUAGCAGCCCAAAUGUUAUUCUACACAUCUACACAUUUACGCUUCGCCAUCAACAUGAGCAUGGCGUUAAGGCAACAAACCAAAUAUGAUAGGUACAAACGUUAUAUUGUAUUACUGAAACACUGGAACUUAUUGUUCAAUACAUUCCUGAAGAAAAGUAGUACAGCGUUAGGAACCCAUUAGAACCCAAUUGAUGGCAACACUGGGUAAUGGUAAUUAGUAAUGGUAAUGGUUUAAUUUCAUUUGAACAUGCAUCAGAUUACAAUUGAAUGCAUCCCAUAAUCAGUUCCCAGUUCCACAUGUCCAAAAGGAGUAGGAAGAAGCAAAGCUUAUUAAAUCCUACCCCUCCAUCUGGUACUUUUACAAUCGGUAACUGUUACAUUUGUUCACUUCCUGCUUUCCUAAUAUAGUAUACAUUGUUUUUUUUGUUUUAUUUUUUUUUAAUUUUUAAAUUUUUCACAUUUUAAUUUUUUUUAUUUUAAUUUUUAUUUUUUUUAUUUUAUUUCCUAAUAUAGUAUAAGUUGUUUUGUUUUUUUUACUAUUUUUAUUUUUUAUUUGUACCCCGGUUUCCUCUCACAUUCUAAAAACAUGCUAUGUUAAUUGGUAAUGGUUUAAUUUCAUUUGAACAUGCAUCAGAUUACAAUUGAAUGCAUCCCAUAAUCAGUUCACAGUUCCACAUGUCCAAAAGGAGUAGGAAGAAGCAAAGCUUAUUAAAUCCUACCCCUCCAUCUGGUACUUUUACAAUCGGUAACUGUUACAUUUGUUCACUUCCUGCUUUCCUAAUAUAGUAUAAGUUUUUUUUUUUUUUUUUUUUUAAUUUCCUAAUUUUUAUUUUUUUUCAUUUUAUUUCCUAAUAUAGUAUAAGUUGUUGGUUUUUUUUGUAAAUUUUUUAAUUUUUACGACUAUUUUUAUUUGUACUCCGGUUUCCUCCCACAUUCUAAAAACAUGCUAGGUUAAUUGGUAAUGGUUUAAUUUCAUUUGAACAUGCAUCAGAUUACAAUUGAAUGCAUCCCAUAAUCAGUUCCCAGUUCCACAUGUCCAAAAGGAGUAGGAAGAAGCAAAGCUUAUUAAAUCCUACCCCUCCAUCUGGUACUUUUACAAUCAGUAACUGUUACAUUUGUUCACUUCCUGCUUUCCUAAUAUAGUUUAAGUUGUUUUUUUUUUUAUUUUGGGUGUUUUUUGUUUUUUGUAAUUUUUUUUAUUUUUACUACUAUUUUUAUUUGUAUUCCGGUUUCCUCCCACAUUCCAAAAACAUGCUAUGUUAAUUGGUAAUGGUAAUGGUUUAAUUUCAUUUGAACAUGCAUCAGAUUACAAUUGAAUGCAUCCCAUAAUCAGUUCCCAGUUCCACAUGUCCAAAAGGAGUAGGAAGAAGCAACGCUUAUUAAAUCCUACCCCUCCAUCUGGGAUAGUCACAUGACUGUCACAUGACCACCACUCCUAAAUGACUCCGAUAGGGACCUGAUGAGUUCAGGUUAGAAGUGGGUUCUAAUGGGUUACAUUUAGGGAUGUCCGAUAUUGACUUUUGUUGCCCAACAACCGAUAUGCUCAAUUCCCGAUACCGGUAUCAGCCAAUAUUAUCAGAUACCGAUAUUGCAUUUUUAUGCUGAUAUCAGCCUGAUCGGUACUGAUAAUUAUCGGACAUCUUGAGCUACCUUUGCUAUAAACUUCUCAUAACAACAAAGUACACACACACACGUUUACAAUUGCAUACCUCCAGUUAAGGCUGUGUGUUAUUUUUCUGUGUGUGUGUGUGUGUGUGUGUGUUUGUGUGUGAUUGUGGAUGAGGGAAGUCAGUGUUGUCACUUUUGUGCUCGUACCGUGCUUGUCUGGUCACUAAAAACCCAAACUUUAUCUUGUCAGCCUUGGUAGUACACUCAUAUAUAUAUAUAUAUAUAUAUACAUAUAUAUGUAUAUGGUAUAUUUUUUUGAUACCAAAAGAGUAAAAAGCCAAAAACAUUUAGCUUUAAAGUGGUGUUGUUGGUCUUGGUAAUGAACCAGUGCUACCUUGUAUGUAACCAAAUGUUUGGUGUCAAUCACCAAAGCUGGAAUACCUCAUACUGUAAGUACUCAGCAUAACUUCCAGUUUUUGGGUUUUUUUUUUGACUGUUUUAGUUUUCAUCAGGAGACAAUUCUCAGUGUGGCUGGAGGAAGCCGAGAUAAGUACUUGAGGUUACGCUCCAUCAGGGGUGUUCAACGUGCAGCCCGGGGGCCAUUUCAUCUUGGCAUGUUCUAUAAGUAAUAAGUAAUAAUACUAACCUUUUGUUAUUAAUUCAUUACAAAAGGUUUGUCAAGAACUGAGUCGUUCAAAAAAAAAGAAUCAAUGAUUCCCAUAUGAAAAAAAAAUUAUAUUUAGUCCAGACACCAAAAAAUAUGAACCAAAAGUACCUUUUGUUAUUAAUUAAUUCCAAAAGGUUUGUCAGGAACUGAGUCGUUCAAAAAAAAAGAAUCAAUGAUUCCCAUAUGAAAAAAAAUUAUAUUUAGUCCAGACACCAAAAAAUAUGAACCAAAAGUACCUUUUAUAGAAAAUACAGUAAUUCUUUGUCACUUUCAAAUUUGCAUCUUCACUCUAUUAUGUUUUUUUUUUUAAUAUUUUGCAGUUUUGUUGUAGAAUAUGAUAAAAAUGUUAGUCAAAAUGAUGCAUAUUUAAGCAAAUUCCCAUAAGAAAUCAUGUAUAUUUAGUCCAGACACCCCAAAAUAUGAACCAAAAGUACCUUUUUAUAGAAAAUACAGUAAUUCUUUGUCAUGUUUUUUUAUAUUUUGCAGUUUUGUGGUUGAAUAUGAUGGAAAUGUUAGUCAUAAUAGGCAUAUUUAAGCAAAUUCCCAUAAGAAAUCAUGUAUAUUUAGUCCAGACACCCCAAAAUAUGAACCAAAAGUACCUUUUAUAGAAAAUACAGUAAUCCUGUCACUUUCAAAUUUGCAUCUUCACUCUAUCGUGUUAUUUUUUUUAAUAUUUUGCAGUUUUGUGGUUGAAUAUGAUGAAAAUGUUAGUCAAAAUGAUGCAUAUUUAAUCAAAUUCCCAUAAGAAAUCAUGUAUAUUUAGUCCAGACACCCAAAAAUAUGAACCAAAAGUACCUUUUAUAGAAAAUACAGUAAUUCUUUGUCAUGUAUUUUUUAAUAUUUUGCAGUUUUGUGGUAGAAUAUGAUGAAAAUGUUCGUCAAAAUGAUGCAUAUUUAAGCAAAUUCCCAUAAGAAAUCAUGUAUAUUUAGUCCAGACACCCUAAAAUAUGACCCAAAAGUACAUUUUAUAGAAAAUACAGUAAUCCUUAGUAACUUUCAAAUUUGCAUCUUCACUCUAUCAUAUUAUUUUUUUAAUAUUUUUAUAUUAUAUUUUUUUCUAUAUUUUGCAGUUUCAUCAGAAUAUGAUGAAAAUGUUCGUCAAAAUGAUGCAUUUUUUUAAAUGCAAAAAUAUGAACCAAAAGUACCUUUUAUAGAAAACACAGUAAUCCUUUGUCAUUUUCAAAUUUGCAUCUUCACUCUAUCAUGUUUUUUUUAAUAUUUUGCAGUUUUGUGGUUGAAUAUGAUGAAAAUUAUAAUUAAAAUGAUGCAUUUUUACCUAGAUAAAAAUAAAAUAAAUGCCUUUUCAAGCAUAACAAUGGCUAAAUGAGGUAUUAAAAUAGUUACCAGUCCAGGGUGUACCCCGCCUCUUGCCCGAAGACAGCUGGGAUAGGCUCCAGCACCCCCAUGACCCUUGUGAGGGUAAGCGGUCAAAAAAUGAAUAUUUCAGAGGAAAAUUCAAAUAUUCAAAUAAAUUCAAAAAUUUAAAAAACAGCAAAAAUGUGUUAAAAAUAACCGGCUUUUUCACCUACAUCAUAAUGUAAAAAUAUCCAAUUUUCAGUGUUUGGCCCCCGUUGGAAAAAGGUUGAACACCCCCCUUGGGAGUCUGGGAGUUCGAACUCGUUGCAAAGUCCGCUGCUUUUCAAAGAUCAGCCCACUAACACGUAUGCAUAUUUGUCAUUUGUGCCUUUUUUUAUUCUCAAGCAUAAACACAGCAACAAUAGAUUGUUUUUGUUGUCUUCUUCUUCUUGGGAAGACACAGCACGGUUUGGUCCUCACACCCACCUCUGACGCCAUCUUGUGGUUCCCUCAGGUAUCUGUGUUAUCAAAGUGUCCAGCUGUUUCAUAGCAGAGCAUCCAUUGUACCACAAUAGUAAUAUAAUUUAUUACCUUAGUGUAUUUUACAGCGUGGCUGGCUUUCAACCUGUAACGCUUUUUGCCCAUGGGUCAGGGAAGCAGACGUGUUUGAAGAAAAAGGCAAACUCCCAGUUUUAUUACGUCUGCGUCGCCAUUCCGAUCACUGCCACGUCACGGAAUUGGGUGUAUUUUCACUGUGUAUUUGUGGAACACUGUUGCUGUCAACUUGCAGUUUGCAACAACUAAAACCAAGCUUCGGCAUCAUUGUAUAACUAAUGCUUUAAAGAUGUUUGCAAGGAUUUUUAUAUGUAUGAUCCAUAAUUAAAGGGAAACAGAUCAAUGUUUUUUUUU